AAAAUUACAGUAACCUCCAAAUUUCAUAUUCUUCUCUAGAUCUCGCACUUAAUUAUACGCAGAAGAAUUACACCAGGUCGCCAACUAGGGUUAUUCUCAAAGAGACCAUGACCAGCUCUAAUGCAACAAUCAAUGCACCCCCCGCCUCAUCCGAAGAUAGGAUUCUCAUAAAUGAAUAUGAACAGAACCACAAGAAAAUCAGGGCCUGUAUUGCAUGCCGUAACAUGAAGAUAAAAUGCGUUUCGGUUCCCGGAUCUAAAGAUUGUGAGACCUGCAUAAGAUUUUCCCGUCCUUGUCAAGACCCGGGGCCACCAAAAGCGCGAGUGAAAACUUCCCAGAAGUUCACUGAACUCGAAAAGAAGAUCGACGCCCUAACUAGUGCGCUGGAGGCUGAAAGAAGACGAAACCAUCAGUCCAUUAAACAAGCGAGAGAAGACGCAGCGUGGUCUAGAACUCCUGACUCGAGCUCUAAGUAUGACGAUGCCUCACAGUUCAGCGAACGACAAGAUCGCCACGCGGAACUCAUCGUCAGUGAUGGCAGAGAAGCAAGCAUAACCAGCCGUGAUGUUGUCAGUCAGGGUUUGGUAGACAUCCGUACUGCCUCUAUGUUGUUUGACCACUGGAACCUUCAUAUGCGGCCAUUGAUGCCUUCUAUCUGCUUCUCGGCUGAGGAGAAUGUAGAGGCUAUCCGAGCAACGAAACCUACAUUAUUCUUAACUAUCAUAACGAUAGCUAGCACAUCACUCAGACCGUCUCUCGUGAAUCCUCUUCUAGGGCAACUCAACAGCAUCCUAGCGCAGGAUGUCUUUAUCCAAGGCGCAAAAUCUCUUGACUUAUUACAGUCCCUAGUCCUCUUCUCACAGUACUACAUACAGCCCCCGCAUAUUAAGGCAUUUGCACUCCCUCAGCAUAUUUAUAGCGCUGUGGUCAUGUCUCACGAUCUUAACUUAGGCGGUGCACUUAAGCUGGAUAAGAAUAGAACCAGUGACCAGGAGAAAGAGACAUAUAGAACUUUACUAACCGUAUAUUUUGGUGCAUCGUGUUCGGCAACGCUUCUACGUCGACAUCAGCCCCUCAUACUUUCGUCCUCGCACCAAGCUUACAUAGAAGCUCUAACACGAGGGAAUGGUACACGGAGCGACGAUCAAUGGUUAUGCAGCCUUGUAGCUCUCCAAGAGAUUUUCGAUGAUGCCUCAAAGACGUUAAAUGCGUCGUAUGCAUGCGCGGACGAAUCUUUCGAUGACUUUAGAACGCAGCAUUUACUAGGCAUUUUCCGACAGAGAUUAGCUGACUGGAAACUAUCACCCUCAGGAGACCUGGACCCUCGUCUCAAAACACACACAGGUUUGGUUGCUGAUCUCUAUAUUCACCAAGUUGCGAUUCGAGUUUAUGGCCGUCAUAUGCGCACUUGGCUUAAGAUCAAGGAUAAUGAAGAUCCAAACCGGCCGUCACCAACAUUCACCGCAACACAUACCGACGCACUCUGUCAUAGCCUAAUAGUAGGUGCUAAUGCCUUGAAUAUCUACCUAUCAUUGGAUGAUGACCUUACACGUUCUCUUCCGAACGUGUUUCUUGUGUGGAAUCUGUGUGUGAUAGUUGGCUUAUUGAAGCUGGGACACUUUGCGGAAGAUCUAUCACGUUCUCAAACAAGCGGCCCUGACAAUUAUAAUACGCCAUCUCCUUUAGAUCUUCUUGGAGCGAUGAUCCAAAGGCUCACUACCUUAACUCUACACGGGUAUUUCCCUCAGUCGCGGCCAUUUAUAGACGCAUUCAAGAAGCUCAAGAGAUGGUAUCAACAAAAGAAAACAGUCUGUAUUAACAACAAUGGUAGCUGCGAUGAAGGAAGUACCGAAAUCGUUCACGAUGUGCUUGGAACCCAAACCCCACCGGCCUCUCCAUCACCUUCGCAGUCACACAUUCAUACUCCCGUUCGACCGCAACCGGGUUAUCGAGGCCACUUACAAAACACUCUCGAGAUACAAGCAGAAUCAAAUAACUCGGCUUUGAUAACUGAAAUCCAGCCUGCGGGACAACUAGACAUUAACUGGAACUUAGGUUCUUACGCUUUCGACCAUGUCAAAGCAUCAGCCUAUAACGCUGGCGUUUCAAAUGCUAAUUCCGAUAUGACUUAUGACCCUGGGUACUUUAAUACCGACAUAGAUGACACUGGGUUCGACCUCGGUGAUAUGAAAGACAUUGAUGACUUUAUGAUGCAAGGCGUUGACGGAGGAUUAUGGUCCAUACUGUAGGGAACUAAUUUCAGUUCUGAAGGGACUGGACUGUGCAACUUAGCGGGUUACUACAUAGGGUCAAAAUGGUACCUAUCUUUAAUAGUACUAGAUGAGUGGCGAUCCCGCUGUGCUAUAAUUCUCGGGCUGGCGAGAACUCGUCAGCAAUGUGAUUCCUAAUAUAUCCCUAGAAGUGAGUGGAACUGUAGAAUUAUACGAAAACUUCGACUUCUUUUUGUCAGCGUUUGGAUUAUAAAUACUGACAAUUGGCAACGAUGACAAAAGACAAUCGGCCCCAGCCAACCCCGAG